UGCUCACUUUUAUUACGAUUCAGUUUCUGUGCAGAGCUGAACGGAUUGUGUAAUUGAAAGUUGUAUUAUUUUCUCUGGCAAAUUUUGUUAUGGAAAAUUCGGUGAAAAUGGAAAUUUCCAGGAGUACAAGCAGUACACCAAUGCCACAACGUCAAGCCCGACCCAACAAUCAGCCGAAUAAGAAUCUUGGCAAGCACAUCCAACAAAAGCAACUCGAUGGCUCCGACGGUGGCCCUGCUGAAAAGAGACAACGCUUCGGCGGCCCUAACAAUCAGAAUGGUGGUGGUGGGGGAGGCGUCGGCCCUGGCGGCGGCGGCCCGAAUCAAAAUAAGAAUUUUGGCAACAAGGGUGGAUUUGGUGGUGGAGGCGGUAAUCGCAACCGCAAUCGUGGCGGCAACCAAAAUAGGUCGAAUUUUCAAAAUCAGAAUAAUGUAAACCAAAAGUCGAAUGCAGAGCCACCAAAAGCGGACGGAGGAAACAUCAAUGACAAAUCUAAUGAAGCUAACAACAAUCCCAAUCCAAAUCAAACCAAUUCAAAUUCAGCCGGUCAAGCUCAGGUCCAGGCACAAGUUCAGGUGCAGCAGGCUCAGGCUCAAGGUCAAGGUCAACCUCAUGGCCCACCUCAGGGUCAAGCUCAUGGCCCGGCUCAGGGUCAAAAUCAAGGGUUUAGGCCUCGUGGUGGUGGUGGCAUCGGUGGUGGUCACGCUGGUGUCGGAGGCGGCGGUAUGGGUGGUGGAGGCAUCGGCGGAGGCGGCGGUGGCGGCAACAAUGGAGGAGGAGGAAUUGGCGGCGGAGGAGGAUUACGCGAUAGAAAUCGCGGAUCACGUGGUGGUGCUGGCGGAGGUGGACAAAAUUCUGGAGGUGGCAACAAUACACUCCGUGGCGAUGAUUUCUUUAUUGCCCAACGUUUGCGCAGCAUUAGCGGCCCAACACAUGAGCUACCACCGAUUGAGGUCACCCAGGAGACAAAGUUCUCUGGACGCAAUCGUCUCUAUGUUGGCAAUCUGACAAAUGAUAUCACCGAUGAGGAGUUGCGUGAAAUGUUCAAGCCAUAUGGCGAAAUAGGCGAGAUAUUUUCAAAUCUUGAGAAGAACUUUACAUUCCUUAAGGUCGAUCAUCAUAUUAAUGCCGAAAAGGCCAAACGCGCCCUUGACGGUUCCACCCGAAAGGGUCGCCAAUUGCGCGUCCGUUUCGCCCCAAAUGCAACCAUAUUGCGUGUAAGCAAUUUAACACCAUUCGUGUCCAACGAACUGCUCUACAAGUCCUUUGAGAUCUUUGGACCCAUCGAGCGGGCAAGCAUUACGGUCGAUGAUCGUGGCAAGCAUAUGGGCGAGGGAACUGUUGAGUUUGCUAAGAAAUCAUCGGCCAGCGCCUGUCUACGUUUGUGCAAUGAGAAAUGCUUCUUUUUGACGGCCUCGUUGCGUCCGUGCCUGGUGGAGCCAAUGGAGAUCAAUGAUGACAACGAUGGAUUACCAGAGAAGGCAAUCAAUAAGAAAUUGCAAGAGUUCAAUCAGGAGCGCAGCGUUGGUCCACGAUUCGCCGAUAUGAAUUCGUUUGAGCAUGAAUAUGGCUCACGAUGGAAGCAAUUGCAUGAUCUAUUCAAAAGUAAACAAGAUGCUCUCAAACGUGAGCUCAAAAUGGAAGAAGAGAAGCUCGAAGCUCAAAUGGAGUACGCUCGCUAUGAGCAAGAAACAGAGCUUUUGCGUCAAGAAUUAAGAAAACGCGAAUCAGAUAAUGAGCGCAAGAAAAUGGAAUGGGAACUGCGUGAAAAGCAGGCCGAGGAGAUGCGCAAACGUGAGGAGGAAACCAUGCAUCGUCAUCAGACCGAGAUGCAGAGUCGUAUGGUCCGCCAGGAGGAGGAUAUGCGUCGUCGCCAGCAGGAGAACACAUUGUUCAUUCAGGCCCAACAGUUGAACUCGCUGCUUGAUCAACAGGAAAGCUUUGGUGGCGGUAAUGGCGGCAACGGCGGUGGUGGAGGUGGUGGCAACUCCAACUUUGAUAACUUUGGAGGAGGUGGCGGCGGCAACAGCAACUCACCGUUCGAGGUGUUCCGAGGCAAUAACAACAACAACAUGGGUGGUAAUAAUGCCGGACAAGGUCCCAACAAUCAGCAACAGGAUGGCUUCGCUGCUUUUGAAUUUGGGGUUAACAAUAUGAACCAAGGCGGCAAUCAACGUGGAAAUAAUGGAGGCAAUAAUGUUCCAUGGGGAAGACGUCGUUUUUAAACACGAUCCCGAUAUCAAUCGAAUGGACCACAUACACACACAUAUAUAAACAAACGUAUAUCCAUACAUGAAUAUACAUAAAUAUAUAUAUAUAUUUAUAGGCAUAAAUAUAUCUAUAUCUAUCUAUAUAUAUGACGACGCAAAUCGAGAUAUUUGCUAUCGAUUUACGCUCGUUUUACAACUUAAUUAUUUGUUUGUGAAUGUGAAAACAAAAACAAAUGAAAAACAUUUUAACACAUCAAGUAAAAACAUUAUAAUAAUAUCUAUUGCUGCACGUAAAAUAAAAACAAAACUUAUAAUAUAUACAAAUAGAUAUAUAUAGAUAUUAUUUGAUAUAAUUAACUCUCAAAUAUGUCGUCAAGUCUUUUCAAUAAAGAAAAUGUGAAUAUCAUAACUGAAUGAAAAAUAAUGAACAGAUCUACAAAAGAAUGAACUAGUUGAUGUCAUCCAGUUGGGGCCGAGAUAUACCCCCUCUAUUUGUCUCUCAAUCAAUAUCUGAAAUAUUAUAAAUUUGAUUUUUGUUUUAUUUUUUUUUUUUAUAAUAUUUUUUAUUCUUUUGUGAAAUUAUCAUUGUUCAAUCUUCUUGAUAUUUUUUCAAAUAUAAGCUUAUCUCUAUAUAGAGAUUACACAAUCUAAUUUGCUAACAAAAAAAAUGGCGUAUGUGUACAGUUGUGUUCGAAACAACUUUUGGUGAGUAUGCAGUGAGUUAAUUGGGGAA